UCUCUUUCUCUCGUACAAGUCCAUAUCUCCUUUGGCCUAAACCCCCAUGUUCAAGAUGGAACAUAGUGAAACAACUCUGUCCGCCGCUUCUCCGAAUUCCUCGAACUCAUUGUCCCCUUCCCCUCUUCUGAGUUCCAACCUAUCAUCUCCAUCGGUCGUUAUUAGUCCAUGUGCCGCGUGCAAGAUCUUGAGGAGAAGGUGCGCCGAAAAGUGCGUGUUGGCACCUUAUUUUCCUCCGACCGAACCGGCCAAGUUCACCAUUGCUCACCGCGUGUUCGGUGCUAGCAACAUAAUCAAGUUCUUGCAGGAACUUCCUGAGUCUCAAAGGGCCGAUGCGGUAAGCAGCAUGGUGUACGAAGCGAGCGCAAGGAUUCGAGACCCAAUUUACGGUUGUGCCGGGGUAAUUAGCCAGUUGCAGAAGCACGUUAACGAGCUUCAAGCACAAUUAGCCAAAGCUCAGGCCGAAGUGGUCAACUUGCAGUUGCAGCAAGCGAACCUCGUCGGGGCAUUGCUUUGCAUGGAGGUGGAACAAUCUCCUCAGCUGAAUGCCGAGCAACCGGCCGUCGACAACAAUUUCGUGGGCGGCCUGCAAAGCUUCCAUAGCAACCCCAAUUCCAUGGAAGACAAUUUAUGGGAGCCUCUUUGGACAUGAUUGACGAUCGUAUAUAUUAAUCAACGGUUUCGUUAUGGUCCCAUGAAACUCUUCCAAGGAGAAGUUGAAGGACAUUAGAUUUU